UUUAGAAUUUCAACAUUAGGAAAAGAGGCAAUGGAUACCCCUACUCCAGCAUCGCUGAAACACAGUGUACGGAACUUAGUAGGUGUCAGUUGCAGAGCAGCUGUUAGGCUUCUCCUUCCCUUCCUCAUCAUUACCUUUGCCCGCCCCUCCACCUUCCUGCUGCUCUCCAUCCAUCCCCCUUCGCUUCCGCCUAUAUUUAAUUCCAGUUCAUGUCAUCAUCUCAAACAGCUCCGUGUGGUACAGAGUGGGACAUUGUAUUGGUGGAAGAAGGUAGCGGCGUCAUUAGAAUAUUCGUGAUCAUUAUAGCCUGUAAGAUGUAAGGGGGGUGUUGUGUUGACUGAUUGGAUUCAUUGCCGCCAUCUUGCCAUGGCCGGAGCAGUUUUCUUCAUGGGUUCUUUUUGACGGAUGCAACGCACGUUUCAAAGGUUUGCAGGUGUGACUGGAGUGGGUGCAAUGCGGACAAAUUCUAUGUUAUUCAUAGGAACGUUAGGAUGCAAUUCACCCCGUUUGGGUCGGGUGGGUAGCGCCCGUAGAGAAGGCACGAGAUGUGCAGCAUUGCGUGGUAAGAAUUGUGAGAAUUGUAUCGUGAUGCGUGGUCGAAUUUGAGGCUAAUGUUGUUGAGACCUUUGAAAUUGGAUGGCUCAAGGGCCAUUGUCAAUGAAGCUGCGAGACUAGGGUGGAGGUCGAGAAGUAAAGGUCAGUAGUUUCCGACGAUGGCGUUCGAAGAAGAACUGCGUAGCAUGCACGAUCAAACAUUGCGACCUAGGCUGCUGCACGCAGUCAUGGCAAACCAUCUACCUGAUGAUAAACAGGUGACCAGGACGCCGGGUCAAUUGUCCAUGGCUGUUGAAUCCCUUCGUCAACACCACUUGCUGUGGGAAAGCUCGAUUCUCGCUUGUCCUGAGUUGCAUUACAUGCAAGGAGCGAAGGUAUCGGACUUCAACAAUGGAGCUGUGGACGCAUGGAUUGAGAAACUGCUGAAUUUACUCUCCAGCACUGUAGCAGAGAACAGGUGGGCAGGAGCCUGUCUUCUUGGCGUGACUUGUCAGGAAUGCACUCGGCAACGCUUCUUGGAGUGUUACAGUUUGUGGUUCACUAAGCUGUUGAUACCUCUAAAGCAACCGACAGAUCCUAUCUUUGUGAGAGCAGCCGCGUGCGCUUCUCUCACUGAUCUUAUUGUCAGGUAUGCUCAACGUCGUUGCACGCUGGCCAGGAUGACGUCCCAUGUACUAAACUUCACAACCAGUAACUCGACUAUUGGAGGUUGUAGGCUUGAUUGCUUGAUUGCAACCUGUAUCAGAUUAGGAGGUCUGAUUGAAUUUGCUGGAGUACGACGAGAUGGCGCCAACCUCAUCUCGAAGUUGGUACAACCCUUGCUGCAAAUACUUGGAGACAAUGACUCAAGCGGCAUUUGGAAUGAGGCAAUGGAUCUUCUGUCUGCAUUGUUACGGUAUUUUCCAGCCUGCUUGCGCCAGCAAUCCAGUAGUUUUGAGGCUUUAUUGGUAGCACGUAUAAUGGAUGUAGAAUGCUUUACAGCCAUUCCUCAGAAAUGUGCAAAAACACUGGCGCUUCUUCCUAAAGCUCACGGGGAUGCUACUACAUGGAGCUCCUUACUACGUCGUAUUCUGAUUGCAACAAACUCCGAACUUGACUUCGCUUUUGCAAGUAUGGAAGAUGUCUCCACUGCAGAGGACGCAACUGCAUCAUUGCUUCCUCGUGGGGAAGAGCCACCUGUGCCACUCGGGGGCCGUGCAGUUUCUUCAAACGCUUGUGUACAACCAGGGAAAAGUCUCUGGGAGCGUCUCGUGCCCCGAGUUUCUAAUCUGCUGCAAUGCUGCAAUUAUCUCCUGACCACUCCGUUUCCAGUACCGGUACCCGCUCCGUUAGGUCCAUUGCUGGCCCUCAGUAUGCGUAUAUUACGUGUGGAUGGGUCUAGAUUGUCGUCAGCCUCACGGCUCGGAGGAACAAUUCCCUCCUCGCACCAAGCUGCGUUGUAUUCUGAACUCCCGGCAUUGCAUCUUACAGCCCUGAAUCUCUUAGCCUCAACAUUGCGUGGCAUUCGCAGCCAACUUAUACCACGAGCAGCUGAUCUCGUACGUUUAAUAACCGUCUAUUUCCGGCGUUGUGGACGAGUGCAUGCAACACUGCGCAUUAAGCUCUAUUCCAUCGCUCGUCAUCUCUUCGUGGCCAUGGGAGCCGGAAUGGCAUCUGGAUUAGCACCUGCUAUAGUGGGAAAUGCACUUUCAGACUUGAAAGGUUCUACUCCUGAAGGAAGUAUACCAUCUCCCAAACUAGGACGGGGACCCCCCAUCAGCAACUCAGUUUGGGCUUCUGGUGGAUGGAGUGGUUCCCAUGCUACCAAUACAAAGAAACGGAAGGAACCAGGUGGCAUUCCUGGCGAGAACUUAUGCAGUGGUGUGGAUUCAGCAAUCGCCACAGGGGGGGGGACAGCCCCUGUUGCUGUUCAAAUCGCUGCUCUUAAGGCUCUGGAAGCUCUCCUUACUUCCGGUGGAGCUCUACUUUCUGAGCGAUGGAGAGCAGAGGUAGAUGCAGUUCUAGCUAGAGUAGCUAUGGCCGCUGCAACAGGCUUUAUGUCAACAAGUCUCAAUUUGGAAGACGCCAACUUCAUGGAAGGAACAGUUGCAAACCCUUCCUCAGGAGAGUUCCAAGUGGCUGCGUACCAAGCUCUGCUGGCUUCUCUUCUGUCCCCCUGCUGCCAUCGCCCACCUUACUUGGCCCAAGGACUCGCAGUAUUUCGCAAUGGACGUCAAGAGGCUGGGACGGAAGUGGCCGCAGUCUGUGCACAUGCACUUCUAGCACUGGAGACCUUGAUACACCCCCGCUGCUUACCACCUGCAGGCACCCCUGCUGCUGUAGCAGCUGGUAUGUCAGCAGGACGUGCCACAUGCGCCACCCUUGUGCCUCACAUGCAGAGAACUAGCAAGCCUCCUCCAACACCCGCCCCAAUUCAAGAUGGAAUAACAACCGGAACUAUGGCCAACGGAUUUGCUGUCCCAGCUGUAAUGUCAACGUUGAAGAUUGGACAAGUUGCAAUAGAUCCGUGGGCUGAAGUAGACACAUGGCUCGGAUACGGAGAGGAUUUCGGUAACGAUGAUAGCUUGUUUUAUUCAGAAUCUGAUGGCAUUCUUCAUGUUGAAGAUUUCUCUAAUUCGCCGGGAUAUGGCGGUGCUCUUCUAAAUGGGACAAGUGGUCAGGUAGCGCCUUCUUGUGGACCAAAUGUAGAGAAACGAGCGGAUAGUUGCAUGGAUUUGAAAACUCAAGUUGUUGGGGUUCCGAGAGAGACAGUCUUGUAUGAUUUGCAGCCAAGCCACAUGGUUGGAGGGCAUCCUAACCUUUUGCAGCCACUGGAGAAGAGUAUUCUGGCUGAAGAGGAGUCUCGUCGGGAGCAGUGUGGGGUCGAGACUUUAAACUCUUCAGCCGCCGCGGAAACUCCCUCCCUAGGACCUAGCUUGCUGGAUAUACGGCCUGUCAUGGCAGCUCAAGAUACUGAAGCCAUCGCUAUGUCUCUGGAGAUGGAGAUGGAGAAAUCUGCAACAGGGAGAAUGGAUAAUCCUCAUGGAGAUGGACAAGAUGGAGGUGAUUUAUGUUCGAGCAUGCAGUCUAGAUUGCUAUCAACAGUGAACAGUUUCGAUGAGACCAAUAAUUCCAAUCAAGCACCUGGGGACGUAUUUGCAUACUCCAACGUGCCGGUGGACGUUCCAACAGAUUCUGACUCCGAAGGUGCUUUCCUGGGCAAUGUCGAUGAGAUUGAUGAAGAUGCUAAGUCAGAUUAAACCCCCUAAGUGGGAUUUCAUACGUACAUGAUUGUAAAGUAGGUUAUAAUUUUACUUUACAAUACUCGCAUAUAUUAUAACUCCUGCGAUUAGGAAUUAUAUCUUAACAUCCUUGAAUGAUGGUUGUAGUUAUUCCCGAAGGUAGAAAUUGAUAAUUAUCUGAAUCUGAAGAUGAUUUUUAACCCCAAUGGUCUCAACUUUUAAAACUUUACACGACGAAGUAGAAUUACUGAAUAGUCAUUAUUCUUAAUUCUGCAAUUAUCAAUUCAGCAAUUUUACAGAGCGAACUAUUCUGAUACAGAAAGUUAUCACACUGAAAAUGAAUAAGAUGAACAUUUAUGGCCAGGUUUAUGCUACUAAUUUAAUUUCAACUAUCAAACAUUGAAAUUGACAUAAAAAUGAUAAACCCUAAUUUAACGA